GAAUUAACUUGAAGUUAAAGAAAACUAAUUUCUAUGAUUCCUCUGAUUGAGAAGAGUAUGAUAAAAAAAAAAAAAAAGAAAAAAAUAUGAACGUUCAAUCUGAAGUUAACUAACUUUUGUUUAUAUCAAUUUAGAGAUGUCAAUGAAACAUAUAUUAAAAACAAAAGUUUAGAUUCAUUAAUGAUAGUCCAUAUUAUUCAUUUAUAUUGCAUUUACAUGUACGUACAGAUAUUAUGAAAAAUUGCAGAAAAUUAUAAAUUAUAAAAGUACAAUAUUUAUUAAGAAAUAUUGGAAAGAUUAAAACUUAUAUUGGAUGUGUUUUAGACCAUAAAUUAACUUGUGCAUCAAAGUUUUUUAAAGAUCUUUACUAAUAAAUCGAAAAAAAAAAAAGAAAAUAUAAUACGAGACAAUGUCGUUCAUGAGCCAACAAAAUCAGUUGCACGUAAGAUAUUAAAAUUCAUCGUGAAUAUAUUCAAUGAUUUGAAAUAGUAUUAAACGUUAUCUUUACACCUUAUAGCAUCCUAACUUUAAGGAUAUGGCGCUUAAUCUUUUAAAAGGUGUGACAUCGUCAAGCAACAAAUUAGUUUUAAGACAAAUCAAUGCUCCGCCUUUAGACUCCUCUACCGAAAUGUUAAACGAAAUUGGUACUACGGAUCAGGCAAUUGGAGACGUUACAGCAGAGAUUAUGAUAACGACAAUUGGAAAAAUACCGAGCGAAAUGUAUUACCUAGAAGAUACUUUAUCUAAUGUACAAACAAAUAUAGGUCAAACAACUGUACCCCAUUCGAUGACAGAUGUUAUACAUACCACGAUGGAAAACAAUGUCAUUGUGACUGGACAUACGGCUCGUUCCGUAGUCUUUCUGAUAUUAACCAUCGCAUGUUUGAUUCUAUUAUUUUUAUGUUGCAUCACGGCAUGCAUGAUUUCGAAAACAAGAAGAAAAAGUUACUUUUUUAGCAGAAACGAUAUCGAUUGUGACCCAGAAUGUAAUGGAUUAAAUCGGCCACUUCUUCGAACGGAAAAAAUAUCAGAUGCAACCAGUAAAACGAGUAGUAGCUACUUGAAAAAAUGAUUAAUUACCGAGAUAUAUCAAAGCGUAGAAAGUGUCUAAUGUUCAUACUAAAAAUGGACGUCUUAGAAAUUUCGCGCCAGAAAUGCUAACUACUCUAACCUAAAAAUUUGCACGCUUUGUAUUACUCUUAGGGUAUCUCAGAAUAUCAUUUUUUAUUGGGAAAUAUUUAAUCGGCAAAAAGCAAUAUUUCAUAAUAAGAGCUAAUAAAGAAGAAAAAUUAAAGGAUAUUCGUUGGACGAAAUACAAAUAUCGUGGGCAUGACAUAACCUAAAAUAACGUG